UGUCAGAAUAGUUGCUCCGUUUCAACACGGCACGUUGAAGCAUGUCAGUGGCUUCUUCCUAACUUACUAAUCUGGACUGAUCUGGUCUGGAUCCCUUUUGCCUGUCACUCAUUUCGUUCAUGUAGUCUCCGUUAGCCCCCGUUAGCGUCCGUCAGCUACCGUUGGCCUCCGUCAUAUUCCUCGUGACUAGCCUUCAGGCAUGGCUCUUCGUGACCAAGACCAUUGUAGUUUUCAGUAGUCAGUCUGCGAAUUGUUCAGCGAAGUACACAGUAAAUUUUCCUCGUCGACGAUUAUUCGGUAAUCUGAAGCGAGGCGACCGGGGAUCAUGCUACAAUGACCCUCUAUCAGCGGCGAUUAGCUAGCGAGCCACGAGCUGCAUCGGGUUCUUUACUGGGUAAAGCACCACGAGUAAGAGGGUGCUGAAUCUCCGCCAGUAGUCCAAAGCAAGGCGACCAAUCUUGUCUAACAACGGUCAGCGAGCCACGAUGUGCAUCCGCUUCUUCACUGGCUGAUUCGUUGCCGUUAGUAGUUCAAAGCGAGGCGACCAAGAUCAACGAUCAGCGUCAGCAUCGGCAUCAGCUAGCGAGCCACGAUGUGCAUCGGCUUCUGCACAGGCUGCUGCGGUGCUUUCGCCGGCACGGCCCUGGGUCACUGCCUCUGCUCCUGCUGCGCCAUCGCCCCCUCGCGCGUUGCCGCGAAGUUCUUAUAUGGAGGGAUGUUCCUGGCCUCCGUUGUUGUCGCGUGGGUCGUGAGAGACUACGCCACCGCUGCACUGUACAAUCUCUACAGCUUCCAGUCCUGUGCGCCUGACAACCCCGCGUGCGUGGGCGCCCUGGCAGUGCUGCGGAUGAGCUUCGGCCUCUGCCUCUUCUUCGCGCUCAUGCUGCUCACCACUGCCGGUGCCAAGCACGAGGGCGGGUGCAGAGACCUUUGGCACUCGGGAUGGUGGCCGCCCAAGCUGCUGCUGUGGCUGCUGCUGCUUUUUGUUCCGUUCGUCCUGCCCUACCAGGUGUUUCAGGUGUAUGGCGAGGUGGCGAUAGCAGGGGCAGCGGUGUUCCUGGUGAUUCAGCUGGUGAGCAUCAUCAACUUCAUCUAUGUGUGGAACGACGCGUGGCUCAACAAUGAAAGAAUGCAUGUGUGGAUGGCAGUGGUAUCUGUCGUCUGCUACCUGCUCUUCCUCGCCGGCAUCAUCCUCAUGUACAUCUUCUUCGCGCCCGCCUCCUCCUGCUCCCUCAACAUCUUCUUCAUCACCUUCCUCCUCGUCCUUGUGGUGGUUCUCACCGCAAUAUCCGUGCAUCCCAAGGUGGAUGCAGGGCCUCUCACCACCGGCGUCAUGGCGGUGUAUUUUGCAUUCCUGUGCUGGUCCUCAAUCAUGAGCGAGCCGCCCUCUGAGGUCUGCAACACACGUCCUCGUCAGACAGGAUACGGCGGGUGGCUCGAUAUUAUGGCUUUCAUAGUGGCUCUCUUCAGCAUCGCAAUAUCUGUCUAUGCCACUGGGAUUGACUCCCGUUGCUUCUCGCUCCGGCCCUGCUCCCAAGACGAGGACAUGGCUGGUAACGGAGAGGUUCCCUACGGUUACGGCUUCUUCCAUCUUGUGUUUCUCACGGGUUCAAUGUACAUGGCUAUGCUACUACUAGGGUGGAAUAUGAACCAAACUCCGGUAGAGUGGAGCAUCGAUGCUGGUUGGGUUAGCACCUGGGUCAAGAUGGGUCUGUUAUGGGUAUCUGCUCUGGUUUACCUUUGGACACUAGUUGCUCCAUUUGUCUUGAGAGGUAGAGAUUUCGCAUAGUGGUCACUGUUUCACCAUCAACUUGGUAUCUGGCCAUUGCAAGCGAUGACAAAAGCCCGGGAAGGAACGCUGUUUUCCUUCUAGCAACCAGGUCAUAGUGGGCAGAACGCUGAGUCAGCUGGUGGGGAUUACGGCGGCGCUGUCACGCGACGGCCCGACGUCGACGGCGUCGCCACCAUGAGGCCACCGCGGCAUCUCAGAGAAGGUGCCACGGCAGCAGGCAAUCUGAAGGUUGCGAAGGCGGCGAAGUAACAGAGAAUUCGCAGCGGAAGAGUAGUGAGCAGGCCCGGAACGGGCGGCCUGCUCUAAUACCAUGUCGUAAAGGUAGGAUAGCUAGGACGCCAUGACUAUGGCGGUGGGGUUUAGCUAGGAGGAAGGCGAGGAAAAUGUCGAGAGAAAAUGUCAAUCAACUAGAAGAGAAACA